CUACAAAGACAAGAAUAAGGCAAAAGACUUUUAUUUCACUGUUACAUAUUAGUAAAGUACAUCCAAACACAACAUAAUUAUUUCUGAAGCGUCAGGUGAUGUCUUCCUUGUAGACAGAAAUCACAUGAUGAUACAUCAGUGAGCACAUUAUAUCAGUAAGUAUUCUUCUAAAAUCUGUCGCUGAUAAUCAUAGUAUAUAUAUACACUUACUCAAAGCCAUAAACUCAUUAUCAACAUCUAAAUUACUGAUAAUAGGUUAAGAAGUUUGGGAUAUCACAAAUAAUAUCACAAAUGUUUCCAUCAAAAAAGAACAUAGACCUCUGAAUCAUGCACUUCAUUGACAUAUACUCACAAUGUAUACUGCUCAUACUCACAAUGUAUACUGCUCAUACUCGCAAUGUAUACUGCUCAUACUCGCAAUGUAUACUGCUCAUACUCACAAUGUAUACUACUCAUACUCGCAAUGUAUACUGCUCAUACCAUGAAUACUGCUCAUACCCACAAUCUAUACUGCUUGUACUCACAAUCUAUACUGAUUGUAUCCACAAUCUAUAUAUAUACAUAUAUACUGCUCAUACCCACAAACUAUACUGAUUGUACUCACAAACUAACCGCUUGUACUCACAAUCUAUACUGCUUGUACUCACAAUCUAUAUAUAUAUACUGCUCAUACCCACAAUCUAUACUGCUCAUACCCACAAUCUAUACUGCUCAUACCCACAAUCUAUACUGCUCAUACCCACAAUCUAUACUGCUUGUAUCCACAAUCUAUAUAUAUAUACUGCUCAUACCCACAAUCUAUACUGAUUGUUUCCACAAUCUAUACUGCUCACACUCACAAUCUAUACUGCUCAUACCCACAAUCUAUACUGCUUGUAUCCACAAACAAUACUGCUUGUAUCCACAAUCUAUAUAUAUAUAUAUAUACUGCUCAUACUCACAAUCUAUACUGCUCAUACUCACAAUCUAUACUGCUUGCACUCAAUCUAUACUGCUCAUAUCCACAAACUAUACUGAUUGUACUCGCAAACUAUACUGCUUGUACUCACAAACUAUACUGCCUGUACUCACAAACUAUACUGCUUGCACUCACAAUCUAUACUGCUUGUUUCCACAAUCUAUACUGCUCACAAUCACAAUCUAUACUGCUCAUACUCACAAUCUAUACUGCUCAUACUUACAAUCUAUACUGCUUGUUUCCACAAUAUAUACUGCUUGUUUCCACAAUCUAUACUGCUCACACUCACAAUCUAUACUGCUCAUACUCACAAUCUAUACUGCUUGUACUCGCACCCUAUACUGCUGGGGGAUUCAAUAUAACCUAGAAGACACUCAGAGUGUAGUCUAGAAUACAUUCAAAUGUGGCAUACGGUACAUCAAACAUUUACAAGUACACAAUGUAUUAAUAGCAUACAAAUGCUGGUUAGAUAAACAUGUCACACAACAUGCUAAAUACGACUGGUAUUACCUUGGUCAUACGACUGGUAUUACCUUGGUCAGAACUUGUUAAGGAUCAAAAUUACAUAAAACGAAUAUGCUUGUUGAAUUGUCAGAAAAUGUACUGAGACUUUUCUAUGUUGCAUACAUUAUCUUCCAGUGACUAAAAGGAUAUUCAAUAUCCAUGGUUUUAGUUUUUACAGCCAGGUGUUUUUAAGAUAACGCUAUCUAUCACAGUUGUAGCUGAUGUUAGUAAAAACAGGUGAUAAAAAGUCAUAUCCAACAAAAGCAAUAUA